AUGGAGGCGCUUGUGCACAACUGCCCCGCCAGCGAAGAUGGCGAAGGCGCGCUGCUGGCCUGGACAUACGACUGGCUGACGUUCGACCACGGCACCGACCCCUGUGCAAUACUUGCGUUCUCUGGGGAGGUGAGCGCUCCGCAUCCGCGCCGUAUAGGCUCCACUUUGGCCGAUGUCCUUGUCGCGUUGUACACGUACGUUGUGCGCCAUGGAGGACGUGUCAGAAGCGGCCGCUCGGUGGCAGCAACUGAUAAGACGGGCGCAAGAACAACACUGGGGACCGCUGCCGGCUCUCUUCACAGUCUGGGUCGCGACGCAGAAGACGCUCGGUGGGUCGUGCUCGUCGACCUUGCCCAGUUUCUCUUCUCCUGCUGGGAUCUGCUGUUGGUCGGCGUGCCGAUGCCUUUGUCGCAACAGGUGCCGCCGUUGCACACCAGCACGGCGCUUCUAACUUCCCACGAGGCAUCGUUACAGUGCCGUAGUGCUGUUUUCGACUGCUCACCAACUGACCCGUUGGCAUCGCCGAUUUUGCUCGGGGAGACCGGGGACAGCGUGCCAGAGGAGGGUGCACGGCAGCCCUGCUACUGGGAAGGAGAGGAUAGGGAGACUGUCCAGGGUGCUGGGUCGCAUGAGAACGUCGCUCAGGUGACCGCCGAGUCCGUGCACGACCUAGUUCGUCGGGUUAUAAGGGAGAUUUUCCGUGUCGCCGACGACGACGCGGCUGCAAUCGCGGCAGGUCACAGCCGUGGCCUGCUCCGGAGCCCUGCUGCCGCCGCCACAUUUCUAAAACUGGUGCAAGCCUCUCCCCUGCUCCGGCGGCUUGUAUCCUCUUCACCACUUCUCAUCCGCUCCCUUGCGCGGUAUCUCCUACCGCGGCUCGUUUCGCUGCAUCAUCGUCAGCAGCAGCAGCAGCUCCAUCAUCACGCCCCCGGUGAGCUAGGGUGGAAAAGUGCGGUGGCUGCCACUGCCAUCGAAGCGCUGCUUUCCACGCUAUACACCGUCUACUCAUCUGCAGCCUUGUCCAUGUCGAUGUGGUCUGCGCAGCCGCUGCCAGUCGUCGCGUCGGAGCUGUCGUGCCGCUGCUGCUUGUUGGACUGCGAGGUGUCACCGGCAUCCUCGCUUGCUGACAGCGAUGGUGCCGCGCUGCUCGAAACCCUGUGCGCCGUGCUGCAGUCUUGUUGCGGGGCAUACCCGUCCCCGCUGCGCCUUCAGACCUUGCGGCUUUUGCAUCUGCUGAGCUCUUCACCCACGACGCGGCGCGCGCUCUUCUCCUCGUGCCGCCGCGAUGAAGUGUCAAGCAUUUUUUCGAUGCACGAGGAGCAGCCAGAACCAGCGGAUGCAGCAGCUGCUGCCGCGGUUGUGUCCAGCUCGCAGAGGCCGAGUGCGCUGGACGUUGUGCCGCACCUGCUGCCGCUGUUGCUUGGCGGCGAGGGCGAGGAAGAAUCGGUCCAGCUCACCUGCAGUGUGUUGCAGCUGAUACUCCUCCACGUUCAAUCUCCACGUCUUUCUGCGCCACUCUCCGACCAGCACAACAACACUGCCCACGCCACGAGCAGGGCAACAGCUGGUGUGACCGUCACCUUCACAGAAGACGGUAUCGUCGGGACCGCAGACGACGUGUCGGGCAUCAAGGUGGCCGUUCACCUUGCCCACCACAUAAAAGACUACGCGAUGCAGGCGCUCUACUCGUGCACGUGCAAGACCGGGUAUGCCUUGGUCGGGCUGCUGGACAGUGCGGCGUCUGUUGUGGCUGGCGCGCGUGCGCUGCUGCAAGGUGCGAGCAUCGGAGCAGACGCAUCUCCCGAGCAUGGCGAUGCAACAGUGCGAUGGGAACAGCGCCAGGACUGGCGCGUCCUCCUCCACGUCGCUGAGGCGGACAUGGCGCUCUUCGAGGUGCUUCUCAAGGGGACCGCUCUGCACGAUGCGCUUGUCCAGUGCCACGACGCCUGCGUCAGUGACGACGGCAGCGAAACCCAACUUGUAUGGGAUGAGGUUGCAAGCAGCAUCGUCGCUAUCGCGUCGCCGGAGCGCGGCGCGCAGCUCUCCCUUUACAGCUUCCUGCGCUGCCUGGACGCACUCGCGGCUGGGAUGCGGGGCAACGUGCAGGCUCUCUGGUCCAACCGUCUGUACCAGCUGGUGCACGAACUACUUGAGCGGUUGGACGGCCAUGUGCAAGACGCGAGGUGGCGGCCAGCCGACACGGCAGCCGCGAUGAGGACGUUUUCGGCUUUGGUGGUGUCUGGCGCGCUCCAUGGCAACCCCAAUGACGAGUCCCUGGCCACCACGGCUGUGCCCCACGUUCGCGACGCGGCGGACACGCUCCUUCUACGGCGAAUGGUGGACCCUCAGACACUGCAUCUUCUGACGCAGGUGAUAGCAGCCUACCUACCGGCUUCGUGUGACCUCCUCCUCCCCCUAGGUGUGCAGCUGCUGGACGAUGCUGCGUACACAGGCGAACUCAUCUCGAUUCACUGCCCCGUGCCUAGCGGUUACCCCACAACAACGUCGGCAUCCGUGGAGGAAAGCCGGUGUUUGCUACGCAUUGCAACGCUUCUCAUGCGCAAUCAGCGUGAGAACUGGGCAGCCCCGACGCCUACAUUCACGCCUAAGGAAAGGCGUACGCAGCGUGCAAGCAAUAGCCCCAGCCCCGCUGGCCAAAAGCCCACCAUCCCGCCCUACCCUAUGCCAGGACACCCCCACAUGUCGCCGUACACCUCCCGGGGCCUAGGACACUCAAAUGGCGGCGCUGAUAGGCCCGGGCUGUUGGAUGUCCUGUUUGGACUUUAUCCGGAGGCCCCGGAGCUGUUAGCGGCGCGGACUGAGCUCAUCCACGCCGUGGCACGCGGCCACGGCACUGCAGAUGCACAACCGGAGCUCCUCGCUGCCCGUACCUCUGCCUUCGUGGGCGCUGCAUCACUGACUGAGGUAGCGAUGCGCGCGAGUGACCUCCAAGCUUCGCUUUUGCUGAGUCUGGCGACGCUCGGGUGCCGUCCGUGCGUCGGACGACAAGAGCUACGUGCCAUGCUGGAGGAUCAGUGCCGGGUGUUGUGCAGCCGUCUACAGCGGGCAGACUUCAGCGACUCUACUCCAGUGCCGGUUGCAUUAUGGUCAGCUAAGGCUGCAGAGGAGGAAGGUGAUGCUCCCAACCCGGCAAUCGCGGAGACAGCAUCCGACCGCGACGGCGACGACGACUCAGGCCUGCUGCUCGACACACUGCAGGAAGUGUUCACACUAUUUGUUGUGCGCAUGUUAUGGUACGGCGGUGCGGAGCCGGAUCCUUCUCAGCCGUUGCCAUUACCGUCGUCGCAGGUGUCUGCCACCGAUGCUGCACCAGAUCAUUUUUUCUCUGAAGCACAUGCGCAAGCGCUCAUGAUGUGCGUGGAGGAGAGUGUGGGGUUGCAGGAAGGUCUGCGUCAGCUCCUCUUCGACCUCCACACGCAGUAUCGCAUGGACGUGCACGACUUCCUGACGCUUCUUCAGGGUGAAAAAGACCGCGUUCCGCGACAACGACCGCAGCAGGCGCAGGCCCCGUCCCCGUCGUCCGUGAUCUUUGCCGCUGCCGUUUUGAGCGUGAUCCUUUACGAUGGAGACGAGCCCGGGCUCUCGACGACACAACGCGGUGCGGCAUCUCCGCUUCGUACGUACAUGCGCUUUCUUCGCUCCGUGCAUUGGCUCGCCAACACCUCUUCGCAGGAAGCGGGCGUGCCUUUCCCGGCUGAAUUGCUCUUGAGGUCGGUAUUCCGCGUGGCACAAAGGGAGCUGCUGUCCCUCGAUUGCCUCCAUCACACCCAAGAGCAACUGGCGGAUGUGGCGCUGGUCACCACUGCCGCAUUUCCCGCAGCCAUUGGGGGCCUGCACUUUGUGUACGGCGAGCUGGCAUUCCAGCAACUUGCAGCCAGGGAGGACGUUCCGGCUUCGACCCCCGGCUCAUCGCCAGGUGCGGCGCUUCCGAUUUGCGUGUUGCGUGAGCACCUGGUACCGUUUCUCCUCCGCACCAACAGCGGCCGUCUUGCGCACCGCAAUAACCUGUCCAUCUCCGUCGCUGCCCUCAAGUACUCGACCGUGCUCUUGCAGCUGAUGUCUGUCGCGCUGUGGCCCCUCGCACCGGCGACGUGCACGUCAGUGGACGCAGUGCUGACCGAGUAUGCCAUGAGCCGCGCUCGCCAGCUUCUAGCGCUCACAACAGCCGAAUUGACGCGUGCUGACAGCGCCGCCCGCAAGCUUCUCUAUCCCCUUCUGCAGCUGCUAUACCUGCUGCUGAUGCGCGCACACAAGGUCGAUGUGGUGCGCCGCUAUGGCGCCGACUUGCUUCUCUUUGCCGUCACAGCAAGACACGCUGCCAUCACACGCGCCAAGCUGAUUGUCUUUGGCGAAGUGGAGUCGAGUGCUGUGGCAGACACUGACGAGGACAACGCGCGCGUUUGCGUCAUUGCCACUAUUGUGUACAUCAUGGCUCAACAGAUUGCCGCCCCAAGGCGAAACGGCGCGACAGGGGAUAUUGAGAUAGUGAGUGCGGGUGACGUUACUCGUGCAGCCUCCGGUGGCGCUGCAGCAGUCGGCGGAGGGGAACUAGAGCCGCCGUCGCGGAAAGACAUGCCGUGGUACGUGUGGAUCCCCGUCUUACGGUACUACUGGUGCUUUCGGGCCGCAGUCAGCCGCACCGCCAGCUAUCAUACCGCGCGUGAGCAACGGCGAAGCAUGCUGCGCAUACUUGUGUCCGGCGCGGAGUAUGUAAUUCGACUCUGUGGGGUGUCGCACCUGGCGUGCUGCAGCCACAGCGCAGCCCACGUUGGCAAAGACCCCGACCGAGAUGAGCGGCAAGCCGCAACCAUCUUGAUUGACUGGUGCACGGAGCUGAUCUUUACCUCUUGGAGGAGCGGCGACGACUUCGACGACGCCCACCCCAGCGUUACAAUCGUUGCGGCGCGCCUGCUAUACCUUCUCUUCUACCGCUUUCGUGCGCUAGCUGCGAACUCUGUGUGGCUCAACGCCCUCGUUCUGAGCUGCAUGCGUCAGACAGCGCCUUCGCGGCUGCUACGGCUGCCACUGGCCGCUGAAGGGUGGCUGCUCGCUGCGCUCAUUCUAGUUCUGCCCUACGUGCAGCACUCGCGCGCAUAUGACGACUAUGUGAAGGGAAGCGCUGCCAGGUUCUUUGAGAAGCCGGAAAUUUCGGUGCGCGUAAAACUGUUGCCGUACCCUCCAUCUAAGGAGGCGGCAACGGCAGGUGCAGCACGCCGUGUUGGUGCUUCUGGCGGUUGGGCUGAUGUGUCGGCCGCGGAGCCCGAACUCAGCUGCGUCCUUCGCAUUCUCAUAAUGGCAUGUCGGCAAUACGAGAUGUCCCCACACCGCUUACGCAGCAGCAGGCUUGAGGUGAUCGUUCCGCUGGGCUUGCAGUUUGUGGAGGAGGCUCCUAUACGUGAAUGUCCUUCUGUUCUGGAGUACGCCUUCCCCUACACCGUUCCCUUCACGACAGCCGCGGCACCACCUCUCCUCCUCGUCUUUCGCUGCUUUGCCGACCAGAUCCACGCGUGA